AAACAAGUGAAGAGAACACAUGCCAAGCAUCACACUGCUGAGGCUGUUGAAACUUACUACCAAAGGUACCUGAAUGGGGUGAUGAAAAAUGCAGCGGCCCCUGUGUUGCUGGAGCUGGCCAAUGAGGUGGACUUUGCACCAUCCUUGAUGGCUCGCAUUGUGUUAGAAAGGUUUCUACAAGAGCAAGAGCAAGCAGCACCCUCCAAGUCUCUUAUAAAUAGUAUGUUACGGGACCCUUCUCAGAUUCCAGAUGGAGUUCUAGCAAACCAAGUCUAUCAGUGUACUGUGAAUGACUGCUGUUAUGGACCACUGGUGGACUGCAUCAAACACGCAAUUGGGCAUGAGCAUGAAGUCUUGCUGCGAGAAAUGCUUUUGGAAAAGAAUCUGUCUUUCAUAGCUGAAGAUCAGCUUCGUGCAAAGGGUUAUGACAAAACACCAGACUUUAUUUUAGAAGUACCAGUAGCUGUUGAAGGACAUAUAAUUCAUUGGAUUGAAAGCAAAGCCUCCUUUGGUGAUGAAAGUAGCCACCAAGCCUACUUGCAGGACCAGUUUUGGAGCUACUGGAAUAGAAAAGUAGGGAUGAGACUGAAAAAGCGUAGGGGGACUUUAGGAGAAAAUGCAUAUACUUGUGUCCAUUUAUACGUCUUGCCCUCAGGUGCUUCCUGUGAGACUUUUCAGAGAGGGGCAGGAGUGGAGGCAGCUGGUUUGGUGGGUCGGCUGGUUUUUGUAGCGGGGGCAGAACACGCCGUGCAGCUUCCAGGGGCCGUUGGUUGGUGUGGUGGAAAUAGCGGCCUGGUGGAAAGAGCUUUGCUGCGAGUGACCGAGGUGGAUUAA